GUUCACAUGUGAUGACUUCAUCAGACUUCACCAGUCACACACCAUCAUACUUUAAAUAUGUGUCUGUGUCUCUUUUAGGCUACCAGACGUAGCAAAAGACAAAGUAAAGGAAGCACCAGUGUUGUAGAAGCAGAUGACACUGUUAAAGCUGAAGGACAACCUGAGACUGUGAGUGAAGAAAUGGUCACAACAGUGGAGGAUGCUCCAACUGAGAGAAAAGGAGUGGAGGUCCAAGACGAACAAGUUUCCCAGACGGACACGGUCAUUGUGGUCAAAGGAAGUGAGUCCACCGUGACCUUGACCUGGGACAAGAAGAAUGAGGAAGGAGAGCUGGAUGAAACAGAAAAGGGAACCAGUGCAAGUGAGCCAGCUGAUACUGAUGUUCAGAUGGACACAGUCACUGAAGAGAAUGAAAGCACACCUACAGUAACUGUGACAGAGGAGAAGAAGGACGAGGAAGGAGAGAGAGAGGAGGAUGUCAAUAAAGGAACAGAUGGCGAAGGUGGACAGGUUGUAGCUGAAGUGAAAUCAGGGAAACGGAAGAUAGACUCUACAGAGACUUCACCGUCAAAGAAAACUAAGCUUAUGAAUGAAGGUUUUUGUCUUUAUGUUGGCAACCUGAACAACUCUAAAACAUUCGAGGAAGUCAAAGAUGCAUUAGCAAAUUACUUCAUGACACAAAGUCUCCUGGUUCAAGACAUCAAACUAGACCGCUCCAGAAAACACGCACAUGUAGAUCUGGCCUCACAGAUGGAUUUGACCAAAGCCUUGACGUUAAACGGACAAAUGAUGCUUGGCAAGCAGAUGAAGAUCGCCAAAGCUAAAGUCAAAAGUGAGAACACACAGAAGGUGAAAAGCAAAGAUUCAGUCGAGAACAAAAAAGCAGCCAGAGAUGCCAAAUGUCUGUUUCUGAAGAACAUCCCAUAUAGCGCAACAAAAGAAGACAUCUUAAAAAUCUUUGGCAAGGCCGUCACAGUCCGGUUUCCUGAAGGAGCAGAAGGCCCAACUACAGGUAUUGCCUUUGUCGAGUUUGAAAAUAAAGCCAUUGCCGAGAAAGUUCGGCAGAAAAAAAAAGUUGUUCAGAUCCAAGGUCGGAUUCUGAUCGUCGACUCUGUAGGAACAACAAAUGUUCCUAAAGUCACAAAAGCAAAUGACGACAACAACAGUAAAGCUGCAGUCCUUCCAAACAACAAUCUGUUUGUGAGUGGUCUGUCUUUCAAAGUGAAAGAGAAGCAACUCAAGAAAGUCUUCCAGAAGGCUCUUAAUAUAAACAUACCUCAGAGCAAAGGCAGACCAAAAGGAUUUGCAUUUGUUGAGUUUGCGACUGCGGAGGACGCUGAAAAAGCUUUGCAGUCAUCCAAGAACAUUGAGAUCUGCAAAAUGCCGAUCAAAGUUCAAUUCUCUGAGAGGCCAGCGAGGGGGAACGUUCAAUCAAAAACACUGAUGGUGAGCGGCCUGGCUGAAAAGACGACUGCAGAGACUCUAAAAAGUGUUUUUGAUGGCGCUCUCACUGCACGAGUCAUUUUAGACAAAGAGACAGGAGCUUCAAGAAGGUUUGGUUUUGUAGACUUUGAGAGUGAAGUAAACGCCAAAGCUGUCAAAGAGGCCAUGGAGCACUGUGAGAUAGACGGCAGCCAAGUGACUCUGGCUUAUGCCAUACCUAAGAGUGAAAAAGGCGACAAACGAGGCCUGUCAGGGGGGCGUGCUGGGGCACAGCCUGCAGGCCGGGGGGCUGCCAGAGGAGGGAAGGCCAGAGGAGGGAAGGCCAGAGGAGGUAAAGGACCAGGACCUCGCAUGUUGAAGAAUGCAGUUAAAAAACAUAAAAAAUGAAUAAAGUUUGACUUUCCUUCUCAUGUGUUUGAAAUAUACAGACUGUGUAAUGACUUCUACCCUGUUAUUAGUCCUGUUAGGACAUGUGACACUUCAUCAUUUUAGCUGUUAUAAUUUGAACUCUGAACCUUCCUGUUCUUAGAGAAGAAUAACCCUGACUUGUUUUACAUUUUAUGCUCAUUAUGUGACCUGUUUAUUGAUGUAUAAUCAAAGUGUUAUAUUUCUAUUGUAACGAUAAAAUUAUUUGAAAACUAAA